AUGGUAGAUGCUUGGGGCGAAGAUGGCCACAAGACUGUUGGUGAAAUUGCUCAAAAUGUUUUGAAACCGAGCGUAGCUCUGAAAGUUGCAAAGUUGUUUCAAGAUCCGUCUUUUGGUGGAAAAUUAGCUCCUGCCAGUAUUUGGGCCGACACUGUUAGAAAACAAAAAGGAUCUCCAUUUGCUUUUUGGAGUGCUCCUUUACAUUUCAUGGAUACUCACGAUGACCCUGGCAAAGAAUGUUCUGUCAAUGAGGCUACUGAUUGUGCUGAUGGUGUUUGUGUGGUCGGUGUUUAUGAAGGAUGUAAAUCAAAUGAUUAUAAAUUUAUUGGUGGAUAUUCUGAUUUUUCUAAAUUGGUUGAGAGCAGACAUAAAUUAGAUAAUGUUUCAACAUCUUCAUCAUUAAAUAUUAAAGAUGAUGUUAAUGGAUGCGAAGAUGGUGUUU